UUUUGUCAAUUUUCUGCGCUUUCAUUGAAUUGACCGGCGGCGGACUGCAAAGUGCAGCGAUCGACCCGAACACUCCUGACUGUUUCACAGCGCCCGAGAAGCCAACUUUGGGUGGAUAUAAAUGAAGAAAACGCGCCAGAUUUGGUUUCUACCGACAAUUUGAAGGACACACAGGCGGGGAAAAGCCGCGACUGCAGUCGCAGGACAGAGAGAAAGAGACCUUCCGAUGAGUCCCAGUCUCCACUCGGUAUACCUAAUACAGAAAUGACCACUCUCCGGGACUCUCGUCCCUCCAUUUCAUAAGCUGUCCUCCUGACUUUGUGCAUUAACAAACAAUACACAUCGCGCGAUUUUGGGAUUAAGCUCGGGGUUUAUUUUUAUUUUUAAAACAAAGAGGAAUAUACAAUGCCUGACCAGAUCACGGUGGCGGAGUUUGUGGCCGAGACGAAUGAAGAUUACAAAUCACCCACAGCCUCCAACUUCACCACGCGAAUGGUGCACUGUAGGAACACAGUGACCGCUCUGGAGGAGGCUUUAGAUGUGGAUCGCAGUGUGCUCUACAAAAUGAAGAAGUCAGUGAAGGCUAUUUACACCUCAGGACUAGCUCAUGUUGAGAAUGAGGAGCAGUACACUCAAGCUCUGGAGAAGUUCGGUGAGAACUGCGUGUACCGGGAUGACCCUGACCUUGGCUCAGCCUUCCUCAAGUUCUCUGUAUUUACCAAGGAGCUCACCGCCCUCUUCAAGAAUCUGUUUCAGAACAUGAACAAUAUCAUCACGUUUCCACUGGACAGUCUGCUGAAGGGCGAUCUGAAAGGGGUGAAAGGGGAUCUGAAAAAGCCAUUUGAUAAGGCCUGGAAAGACUACGAGACGAAAGUCACCAAGAUUGAGAAAGAGAAAAAGGAGCACGCCCGGCAGCACGGAAUGAUCCGGACCGAGAUCAGCGGGGCCGAGAUAGCAGAGGAGAUGGAGAAGGAGAGGCGCUUCUUUCAGCUGCAGAUGUGUGAGUACCUUCUGAAAGUGAAUGAGAUUAAAAUCAAGAAGGGCGUGGAUCUACUGCAGAACCUCAUCAAGUAUUUCCAUGCACAAUGCAAUUUCUUUCAGGACGGCCUAAAAGCUGUGGACAACCUGAAACCCUCUAUAGAGAAACUGGCUACUGAUCUGCAUACGAUCAAGCAGGCUCAGGAUGAGGAACGCCGGCAGCUCACACAGUUACGAGACGUGCUGAAGACGGCGCUUCAGGUGGAGCAGAAAGAGGAUUCCCAGGUGCGGCAAAGCACCACUUACAGUCUGCACCAGCCGCAGGGGAACAAGGAGCACGGCACUGAGAGAAGUGGGAACCUGUACAAAAAAAGUGAUGGUCUGCGGAAAGUGUGGCAGAAGAGGAAGUGCACGGUGAAGAACGGCUACCUGACCAUCUCACACGGGACGCCAAACAGACCACCAGCCAAGCUCAAUCUCCUAACCUGCCAGGUCAAGCACAACCCAGACGAGAAGAAAAGCUUUGACCUCAUCUCACAUGACCGAACGUAUCACUUUCAGGCAGAGGAUGAGGCCGAGUGCCAAAUCUGGAUCUCUGUGCUGCAGAACAGUAAGGAGGAAGCGCUUAACAACGCCUUUAAGGGAGACCAGCACGUUGGCGAGAACAAUAUCGUUCAGGAGCUGACCAAAGCCAUCCUGGGCGAGGUCAAACGCAUGACCGGGAACGACGUCUGCUGUGACUGCGGCGCUCCUGGUCCCACAUGGCUGUCCACCAACCUGGGAAUUCUCACCUGUAUAGAAUGCUCCGGGAUCCACCGAGAGUUGGGAGUGCACUACUCCAGAAUUCAGUCCCUCACGCUGGAUGUCCUCAGCACAUCAGAACUCUUGCUGGCCAAAAACGUAGGGAAUGCUGGCUUUAACGAGAUCAUGGAAGCGUGUCUGACUUCCGAAGAUACGGUCAAACCAAAUCCUACCAGUGACAUGCAGGCCAGGAAAGACUUCAUCACAGCCAAAUACACUGAGAAACGCUUUGCUCGUAAGAAAAGCCCAGACACCGCAUCCAGACUGCACACCUUGUGUGAAGCUGUGAAGGCCCGCGACAUCUUCUCCCUCAUCCAGGUCUACGCUGAGGGAGUGGACUUAAUGGAGCCCAUUCCUCUGGCCAAUGGACAUGAACAAGGAGAGACAGCACUGCAUUUGGCAGUGAGGCUGGUAGACCGAACCUCACUACAUAUUGUAGAUUUCCUGACUCAGAACAGUGUGAAUCUGGAUAAGCAGACGGCGAAGGGAAGCACAGCGCUGCAUUACUGCUGUCUUACAGAUAACAGCGAGUGUCUCAAACUGCUCCUAAGAGGCAAAGCUUCCAUAGACAUCGCUAACGAGGCGGGAGAAACACCAUUGGACAUUGCCAGGAGACUCAAACAUCUGCAGUGUGAGGAACUGCUGAACCAGGCGCUCGCUGGCAAGUUUAAUGCACACGUGCACGUUGAAUAUGAGUGGCGGCUACAGCACGAAGACCUAGACGAGAGUGAUGAAGAUUUGGAUGAGAAGUCCAGUCCCCUCCGACGAGAGGAGAGGCCGGUCAGUUGCUACACGCCUGGCAGCUCAGUGAUGCAGCCCAGUGCAACCAGUGGGUCCAAGGACAAACAACAGCGCUGCUACGUCCCAAACCUGGUCAACAAUGAGACGUAUGGCACCAUUGUCAACACCAGCCCCUCCAGCGGGGUCUUAUCAACAUCAGCACCUCCACUGCCUCCCAGAAAUAUCGGGCAGCUGACUGGUCACAGCGGAGUUCUCCAAAGUUCUCCAGCAUGGAAACCUGGCUCUAUAGAUCUCUCAGGCAGGCAGAGAUCCUCCUCAGAUCCCCCGAACAUGCAUCCUCCUGUUCCACCCAUGCGAGUCACUUCAUCCUCCUUCAUAGCGCCAUCCGCUCCUCCUCCUCCUGUAUCUAAACCAGCCGGUGUGAUGGACGCCAUGACCAUGCAGAGCAAAACCGGACCGGUGCCUCAGGGCCAGGGCAUUACCAGGGGUACUGCUACAAGCUCGGACAAAAGCUACAGCAAGGGUCCUCCCUCCCACUCGGACACCACAGAGAGACCAGGUAGAUGUCAGAGAAACGGCUUAAUCUCAAAGGAAGUUCCUGGAUGCCCUCAGAGCACAAGUGGUCAGUCUCUGGCUCCUGGCCACAUACCCAGGAAAACAUACCCGAAGCAGAGGCCGAAAAGGGUGAAGGCCAUCUAUAACUGUGUGGCUGAUAACCCUGAUGAGCUGACGUUCACUGAGGGCGAGGUGAUCGUUGUAGACGGAGAAGAGGAUCAGGAGUGGUGGCUGGGCCAUAUAGAAGGUGAACCGAUGAGGAGAGGUGCCUUCCCCGUCACAUUCGUACACUUCAUGGUGGACUGACAGUCAAAGAUUUCCGAUGCUGACCCAGGCUGAUCUGAUCAUCCCCUAGCAUGUUUCUAACUCCACACACCUGAACUUUAUUAAUAAUUCUCAUCAUCUGUUUCACCUCCAUCAUGAAGCUUGUGCCUGUACUGACUCUUCCCAGACAAUUAGCUUGCACCAGCGAGCAUUGCUCGACUCAUGUACUGGAGGUUUCUUCUUCCUGAAUGUCUUAACACCUGACUCCUUUAUGUUCGAAGACGGUAAAUAGUUUGAGUGUUUCAGCUCAUUUUGUUGAGUAGGAAAAAAAAAUUGUAGUCAAUGAUGCACUUUUAUGUAGUUCUUAAAAAAGGGGGGGGGGAUCUUUAUGGAUCUCAACAAUGAACUAUUCCCAUC